AUGUGGUCGCCACCGGGACCGUUCCAGCUCCAACAGUCUCCCCAGGCUCCACGGAAACGUCUCGCCAAGAACCAGUGUGCAGACUGCGGUCGUGUCCUGAGCAGCGCCUCUGCUUUAGAGAGUCACGCCUCCCUCCACUCAGGGAAGCGCCCGUUCGCCUGCUCAGCCUGCGGCAAGGACUUCCCCAACCUCAAGGGCCUCAACCGCCACGCCCACGUCCACGGUGAACAGCAGGGCCACCAUUGUCCGCAGUGCAGCAAGACCUUCGUCUACCGCUUCGGCCUGACCAAGCACGAGCAGAUGGUCCACAGCGGCGUGCGCCCGUUCAUCUGCCCGAUCUGUGACAAACGCUUCGUCAUCCGGCGCGACAUGGAGACGCAUCUCCGCGUUCACACUGGAGAGAAACCGUUUGCCUGCUCCCUCUGUGUGAAGCGCUUCAAGAGGCGUGUGGAGCUGAAUGUUCACCUGAGGUGGCACAACGGGGAGAAGAGACACUGGUGCUCGUACUGCGGGAAGGGCUUUCUGGAUUACAAUAAUCUGAAGGCACAAAUUUGUCCACACUGGGGAGAAACCUUACACCUGCACUGA